AUGGAUGAGGUGUAUUAUCCCGGUAAAAAUUUAUCUAUAGACGAGUCAAUGAUAUUAUGGCGUGGUAGAUUGAUUUUUCGACAGUAUAAUAUACAGGGAAAAAGACAUAAAUUUGGGAUCAAAUUAUAUAUGUUAGCUGAGCCAAAUGGCCUGAAUUUAAAAAUUAUGAUUUAUACUGGACAAAAACUGUCACAGCUUGAACAACCGCAUUCUAAUAGUCAUACGGAAAACGUAGUUAUAAACCUUAUGGAAGGAAAAUUGUUCAAAGGUCAUUCGCUUUACAUGGACAAUUACUACAAUAGCGUUAAUUUAGCUCAGACACUAAUUUCAAAAAAUACUUAUUGUACCGGCACAUUGCGUUCAAAUAGGAAAAAAAAUCCAAGCGACAUUGUUAAAAAAAAAUUAAAAAAAGGAGAAAAUAUAUCGAAGUACUCAUAUAACGGGAUCUGUGUAUUCAAGUGGAAGGACAAAAGGGAUGUAUUGGGCAUAUCAACAGAAUGGACAGCAGAUAUGAUCGUCAAGACCAACUUACUGUUGUCCUACUACCCGUGUGAACGAAAAACUCUUCGAUGGUACAAAAAAGUUGGUAUUCACAUUUUACAACAGCUACUUCUCAAUUCUUAUCUUUUAUAUUGUCAAAAUGAACGUAAAAUACCUUUUUAUAAUUUUCGGCUGAAUAUAAUACGUUCUUUGUUAAAAAAAAAUGAUAAAACUGGUGAACUUGGAGAAAAACAAUAUGAAAUUAUGACUAAAUUACCGACUACAGUUCCAUUUGUACAUACUCUACAACUCUUACCAAAAAGCGAAAAAACGACAAAAGUUCAACGCAAACGAUGUAGUUACUGUAAAGAAAUUGGUAAACGCAAAGAUACAUCAUACUACUGUUCUCUCUGUCCACAUAAUCCACCUCUAUGUUUAGGAUCCUGUUUUGAAAAUUAUCAUGCAAAAUAA